AGAGGAAGUUACGCAGCCUGGAUCAGACAGUGAGAUAAAAGCUCCGAUUGUGAUUGAAAGUGAUGGCAAAAGGAUUUAGCCUCAGUAUUAACUUGGAGAGGAGUGGAGGGGGAGAGGGAGAGGGAGAUUUCCUAAAGCUCCCAGCCAUCUGUCCUGGAGCUCAGCUGGGGGGAUGCUGACCGUCCUAGAUGAGAAGAGGUGAAACCCACCAUAGUCCAGGAAGGACCAAAUCCCAACCACUGUGGGUUCUUUCGGUGAGAGGGGGAAACAAAAGUUUAACUUGUUUGUGACCGACCUCCGACUCCACCCGAGUGGGAGGCGCGGGCAGGCUUGCCUGCCCCCCUCCCCUCAUCCAGUGUCUCUGGGACGGCUGCAGGCAGCUCCACAUGCAUCCUGAUUGCUCUCCAACCCCAAACUAGCAGCGGCAGCAGCAGCAGCAGAGCAACAGCAGCAACAACAGCAGCAGCAGCAGGAGCAGCAGCAGCAGGAGGAGGAGGAGGAGGGAGGAGAAAGGACCAGAUCUCACCCCUACAUCCCCCCUCACCCACCCAGUCAACAGUCAGAAGAGAGGCAGAGCCCAGAGGGGGUGGUGGUGCCUUGGCUGGCUGACUGACCUGCGCUCCUGGUGGAAUCUGUCCGUCUCUCACUGCGCCUGUUAGAGAGGCUCCAAGCCCGGGUGUUGUUGCUAAUGAGCACUCUCUCUUCCCUUCUUACAAUGAAAGACAAGCCAGACCCCAGGUACCUGGAUGGAUUGGUAGCUGAAGCUUCAGAAACUUCAUAAUAAGUCGCCUGUGGCUAGAAGCCAAGGUCAGCUGGUCUCCUAUUAGUGCCUAUCCCCUCUUCAAGUAGAGCAAAACAACCCAUCCCCCAAUCAACACCUCAGUGGCUUUUUAUUUUUUCAGAUGAAUCACAAGAUAGCUGUCACUUUAAACCUAUAUGAAAGUCUUUCUAUUUUUUUGGUUCAAAACAUUGCAUUCAGUCCCAAAGAAGAAUAUGUUUCCAGCUAACAUGUACACUACCUGACUUUAUUUUAUUUUAUUUCUAAUUCAGGCCUGGGGGGUUUAUUUAAAGUUCUUUCCAGCACACCACAUCAUACUUUAAGGACGCUUUAAACCCUUCAUUGAUUGGAAGGACAAAAAUUAAGAGCAAUCUGAUCCAGCCUCAGGCAAGAUCCCUGCGGGUUUUCUCCCUAUCCCGUUUUGAAACCCUGUCACCAUUUGAGAGUGUGCCCGAUUUCAUCUGCUUCGUCUCUAGGAAAAGUCACUCACCUUGUUAUGCCAAGAUUAGGGGGAUGUGAAGUUAUGGACAACUUUUUGAUCUACCUAUCAAUAGUGUGAGAAACACUGGCUCUGCAUUUUCCAAUCAGCUGGCCAGACCUGCCUUCAGGACAAAGAGGUUCCAUCUUGCCUGUGAACCAGUGGUCCUUGGAUCUCUGGAAUGUCCCUGGUGACUCCUGUUUAGUAGAUGUGGCAUCUCCAUGUUGAGCCCAUCAUUCACUCCUAACCCAGACGCUGCCUUUCCAGGGCCUCUCCAGGCCCGGAGUUCACCGCCUCCACCUGCUGUCAUGCUGCUCUUGGCAUCCCUUCUGUUGCACUGCCUCCCAUUGGCCAUGGGGGACUACGACAUUUGCAAGUCCUGGGUGACCACAGAUGAGGGCCCAUCCUGGGAGUUCUACGCCUGUCAGCCCAAGGCCAUGAGCAUGAAGGACUAUGUCAUGGUAAAGGUGGAGCCUGCUGGAAUCACCUGUGGAGAUCCCCCAGAGAGAUUCUGCACUCAUGAAAACCCAUACUUGUGCAGUGAUGAGUGUGAUGCUUCAAACCCAGACCUGGCCCAUCCACCUCGGCUCAUGUUUGACAAGGAGGAUGAGGGGCUGGCCACCUACUGGCAGAGUGUGACCUGGAGCCGAUAUCCCAGUCCACUGGAAGCCAAUAUCACCCUUUCCUGGAAUAAGAGUAUUGAGCUGACUGAUGACAUAGUAAUGACCUUCGAAUAUGGCCGGCCCACUAUCAUGAUGCUGGAGAAGUCACUGGACAAUGGACGGACAUGGCAUCCCUACCAGUAUUAUGCUGAAGAUUGUAUGGAAGCCUUCAACAUGCCUCCCCGCAGGGUCCGUGACUUAUCCUCUACAAGUGCCAACCGGGUGGUGUGCACGGAGGAGUACUCCCGCUGGGCUGGCUCCAAGAAGGAGAAGCACGUGCGCUUUGAGGUGCGAGACCGCUUUGCCAUCUUUGCUGGCCCAGAUCUCCGCAACUUGGACAACCUCUAUACCAGACUGGAGAGUGCCAAGGGACUCAAGGAGUUUUUCACCGCCACUGACCUGCGCAUGAAGCUACUUCGGCCUGCUCUGGGAGGCACCUAUGUUCAGCGGGAGAACCUCUACAAAUACUUCUAUGCGAUCUCCAACAUCGAGGUCAUUGGCAGGUGUAAAUGCAACCUCCAUGCCAACCUGUGCUCCUACAAAGAAGGCGGCCUUCAGUGUGAGUGUGAACAUAAUACCACCGGCCAGGACUGUGGCAAAUGCAAGAAGAAUUUUCGAACCCGCUCGUGGAGAGCAGGGUCCUACCUACCCCUUCCUAAUGGCUCCCCUAAUGCAUGUGCGGCUGCAGGCUCCGCCUUUGGCACUGCCACUACUGUUGCUGUCCCUGCCAAGAUCUCCAAACUUUUCCAGCUCAAGCCUAAGUCUCCUCAAGUGGUACCCAUUGAAGUAUUCAAAGACUGUGAGUGUUAUGGGCAUUCCAACCGCUGUAGCUACAUCGACUUCUUGAAUGUGGUGACCUGUGUGAGCUGUAAACACAACACCCGAGGCCAACACUGCCAGCACUGCCGCCUGGGCUACUACCGCAAUGGCUCCGCAGAGCUCGAUGAUGAAAACGUCUGCAUUGAAUGUAAUUGCAACCAGAUUGGAUCCAUUAAUGACCGGUGCAAUGAGACCGGUCACUGUGAGUGCCGAGAAGGGGCUGCGGGGCCCAAGUGUGAUGACUGUCUCCCCAGUCACUACUGGCGCCAGGGCUGCUUCCCCAACGUCUGUGAUGACGAAUACUUACUCUGCCAAAAUGGGGGGACGUGCUACCAGAACCAGCGUUGCCUCUGUCCCAGCGGCUACCAGGGCGUACUGUGUGACCAGCCUCUCUGCCAGGGGGAGGAAGGCCAGGCCUGCAACCCUGCUCCCCACGCCGGCCCCCACCUAGCUGUGUUCCUUGGCUCCGGGUUGCUUCUGUGGCUGGCAGGCUGCCUAGGUUACUGACACCGCCUCAUCCCCCAAGCUGGGGGCUGGGAGGGGACGCUGGGGUCUCCUCUCCCCAUCUUCACCCCCGGGGACUGCCUCACUACCAUGACUGUUCACCUCCAUUCCAUCAUCACUCACGUCCUUCUGAAUAGCGGGAGCUGCCAAGGAGACCUGGCCAAGGAACACUCACCCUUCCUGCCAGAAGAGCGCCGCUCAGGGGCUUCCUCAGCAAGUCUCUGCUCUCCCUCCUUCCAUGGACCCUGGCCUCUUGGACCCCUCCUCUCUCCCUCGUUCAGGGCCUGGGACCCAGUUUCCCCUGCCAAAGCAAAAGACCCUGCAAUUUUGUUUGACCUCUGCUUUUCUCGUUUUCCCCCAGGGGUUUUUGGGGGAGGGAGGGAGGGACCAUGAGCACUCUCCCUUCCUCACCCAGAGUUCUGACCAGGCACCGAGAGCGCCCCUCCCAGAUCCUUCUGGUUGACUGUUGAGGACUGGCAGUAAGCUUCUGGCCAAUCUCAUCGCACAGUUGGGCGAGCAACCUGGAGUUCCAGUUGCCUACAAAUCUCGAUGCUGAAUUUAUGAUGUUUUGUAUUUGUAUUUUGAUUUUCUUUUGCAAACCACCGGCCCUGAAGGUCAGCCCUGGGGUGGAGAUGAGGAGGACUUCACUGUCUCCAGGAAGGGGGGUCUCUGAAGAAUAUAGGGAUGUGUACUUUGUUUUGUAGAGAAUUAUUUUUGUUUGUAUUGUGUCCCAUAUAUCAAGGGGACAGGAAGGGAAGAGCCAUUCACCAGGGGUGUCUGGAUGAUGGUAUAUAAUCCUACAGAGUAAAAGACCUGUUAACUGCU